AUGGAAGAAGUUUCCCUUAAACUCUUAGACGUUCUACCAACCAGUGUACUACUAAAUGUAUUCGAUGUUAAAUUAUUAGAUCAAUGUGUAAUAUGCAUGGAGAAGUAUUGUAUUGGAGAUGAAGUGAUACGACUUCCAUGUUUUCAUGCAUUUCAUGAACAUUGUUUUAUAGACUGGAUUUUAGAGUGUUUAGAAUGUCCAAUAUGUCGAUGGCCAGUUUUUGAAUUUGAGUAA